AAUGCGAAUUCUGACUUCGAAAUAUCAAAUUUUUGGAAUUCUUUCUUUCAUAAAGGGGCUGAGAACUGCAUCAGAUCAACAACAUCAACCCCAUCAGGCUCUGGCCAACAGUGCUGUUACGGAACAGAUGGUAACAUCUUAGUCGGCGGAUCUCAGGGUGGAGGAACUGCUGACAGAUACAGUCCAGUGGAUAACUUCUGGCGCCAUCAAAAGUAUGAUGUUCUACCGUAUAUUGCCUGCUGCAAAUUAUCAAAAAACUGCGAUAAAUACUAUAAAACCCGGCCAUCAGAUGAUUGCUCAGAUUAUGACCCACCUAGACCAGCAGGAGGUAUGGGAGACCCUCACGUAACAACUCUUGACGGCAAGAAAUUUACUUUCAAUGGAGCUGGGGAAUUCCUGAUGGCAUCUUCCAAAUUAUACAAUUUGAUCUUCCAAGCUCGUAUGGAGGUGUAUCUUGACACCCUGGCCACUGUUUACACAGCAUUUGUUAUCCAUACCAAUAACUCGGCGAAAGUCCAGGUGCAGAUGUCAAAUAUCAAUGAGAUAUUGGUUCUUGUUGAUG